UAAAGAAGUGCUGAAUUUUGAUACUAUAUAAAACAAUAACUCUUGUGUCAAAUUAUGGGUUAUUCGGUAUCAUCGUAUCUUAAUCCUGUGAAUUUGUGGAAUUCUCUCUCUCAGGUAGUUGUACCAAAGAAAGAAACAAGCUCCAAAAUUUCUCAAGCAGUUUGUUCUGCUUGUGCUAAUAAAGCAAUGAUGCAGAAUAUUGGUUCCUUGUUUAUAAAAAUAGCAGGUCUCUCAGGUGCUACAGCAGUAGCUAUGGGCGCCUAUGGAUCUCAUGGUUUUUAUCCUAAGCCAGAUAUUCCUGCUGAAUUAAAAGAUGUUUAUAAAACAGCUAAUUAUUAUCAUUUUCUUCACACCUUAGCUUUACUUGCUGUGCCACUCACAAAGAGACCUCUUUUAGUUGGCUCUUUACUUUCUAUUGGAAUGCUUGGGUUUUGUGGAACAUGUUAUGCAUAUGCAUUGACAGGGAACAAAUCUAUAGUGAGAUUUACUCCAUAUGGUGGAACUAUACUUAUAAUUGCUUGGCUUUCAAUGAUGAUCUGAUAGUUUUACUAAAUUUUUAUGUUUUCACAACUUUUAAAUUUGAAAAUAAUUCAUGUAAUAUUAUAUUGCAAAUAUGAUAAAUCAAAUAAAAGAUAUUUUAUUGUAGUUUC